GUUGCGACGGUCCGAGCGCGAGUGAAUAUAGGCUCACGGCUGGGUUAUAAAUAGCCGAGGAAGCGAAAGCACAAUAAAUUCAUGGGAGAUGCCUCGACCGAGAGUGAAAGGAUCAUCGCGUAUCGUACACCUAGGGCCACUAGAAUUUAUAUUCCGAUCGUCUUGUAAUAAUUUUUGAAUCGCGAAUUUGAUCGGCCUUGAAACCGCAAAGAUUUAUGUUUGAGCUCAUGUGCAUUAUAUAUUACUUUCUAAUUAUAACAUAAAUAAGAAAACUUAUUAUGUUAUAAUUAUGUAGGAGUCAGCUCUGUAACACGCGGAGUAAAACUUGCGUAUAUGCGAUAAAGGAUUACGCGAUACUAGUGCGGUAAAGCGGUACUAAAGCAGUAAAGUCCUCACGAGGGUGGAAUCCCUUUACCCCCAUUUUUGCACGAGCGUACUUAUAUCAGCAGCUUGGCUCAUAUAUAUAUAUUACCUCGCUGCAUAUGUUUGCAUAUUAUAAGCAAGUUACGUAAUAUUUAUAUUUCUUCUAAAUGAAAACGGGAUUUUGUGUGUCAUCACUACAUUACAAAUGUUUUAAGAAAUUUUACGAUUUUUCUUUACAUUACUCAAUUUUCACUUUUGAAUUUCCCGCCCUUCAAGCAUAUUCAUGAUCUACUGAUGAGAUAUAUAUAUAGGUAUUGGCUUUUAGCCGUCAUCAUAUCUCAUCGUUUUUUAAAUUUAUUUAUUUAUUUAUAAGUACAAGUGAGAUAAGUUUAUUAUUCAUAAGUAUGUACGAAUAAAUUUAAUUAUAGGUUAGAUUAUCAAAAUCAAAAUACUUUUCGAUUUUUUUUCUCGCCAACUUCCCUGAUCUGUAGCUAAUCGAGCGAGUAUAAUCGCAAAUAACCGUUAUACAAGUAAUAUACGGUAUAAAUAAUUCAUGUUUUCUCGCAAUAUCAAGAGAUCUCAUCUGCUCGCUCGCGCCGAAAGUCAACUGUAGAGUGUAGACACGGCCUCAUGCCUCCUAUAGGUAUAUUGUAUCGAAAAUACGCGAAGCUGCACUGCACAAGUAUAACUAUAACACCACUCUAUGCGCACGUACAUACAUACAAUACUUACAUCGCGUCGAACCGUUGGGUUAUAGAUCUCGACGAGGAGCGAUUACCGGCGACAACGGACUACUCCGUCGCGGAGGUCAACAGUUAUAGGCGUAUCAAAGGAUCACUUGGAGCAUCGCUUUCCUCAUUUUAGAAACUGCGAUUCACGAUGUCGGAGCAAUUUUUGGGCUGCACUGUGUCCAUAAAGUGCGUUGAUGAUUUAGGUAGCUAUCAAGGACAGAUUGUUGCCUUGAAUGGCCAGAGUGUGACUCUCGCCAAGGCUUUCUGUAAUGGUGUUCCUCAUAGUUCUUCACAUGUAACGCUAAGAGCAAAAGACAUAUUGAAUGUAGACAUUGUAUCAGUAGAAGAUCCAAGUACAGCUCAAAAAGAUGUACAAGCACAGAGUAAGGUUACUGUUAAAAAGCCGAUUGCCAAAAGAGCAGGUAGAUCAGUUUCAGAAUGCUCUGUACCAAUUGUACAACCCCAACCUGCUCAAGUUAUGCCUAAUGUAAAGAAAGCACCAUCCGAGGUCCAGCCUUAUGCUGAAUUACCCAAUACAAAUGGAAAAGCUGGUCCAGGAACAUCUAGGACAUCUAGAAAAAAGAUGAGUGAAAGAGAUGAGCAAGCUUUUGGCACACCUAUCGAUCAGUCUUUACAUCAAGAAUUUGACUUUGAAAAGAAUUUAGCUCUGUUCAACAAAGAGGCUGUUUGGCAAGAAAUCAAUUCUAAAAAACCAGAAGUGGUACAACAAUCCCAGAAUAGAAGCGGCAACAAAGCCAGAUACAGGCAUGACGAAAACGUGAUUGAAUCAGAACCUACUGCUCUAAGGCAAAUUGCUGUACCAGGUGGAGGUUCCAAGGAAUAUGUCACGGAUGAUGGUUUGGUAAUUCCCAGUAUAACAUUGGAUCUGCAACGGCAGUUGAUCGGUGCUGCGGAUCGGCUCGGAAUUAGUUGGGAACGUAGGGUUGAAUUACUUGGUCGAGCAGGUACAGAAAUAAUCUUACAACUACUAGGCGGCGCUCAUCGUCUGAACCCGAAUAAUGCGCACCAAAGGCCGACGGUUGUAGCGCUUUGCGGCCCGCACAGAUCUGGUGCGGCAGGCAUCAACUGUGUCCGACAGCUUUCCAGCCACGGUGUCAAAACGGUCGUAUACGUCGAAAGUUCAGACGACAUUUCUUUGCUGCAGGAACUAUCUCUCUACAAGCUCACGGGUCAUAAGGUCGAGACAGAGGUUAAGAAGCUUCCACCCGUAGCUGACCUUAUAAUCGUCGCUCUAUACGAGGAGAAGUCGCCUAGAGAUGUGACACCAGUAGCCAAAUGGGCUAAUGGCAAUCGAGCCUCAAUACUUGCAAUCGAGCCUCCGUCUAGCGGCACUCCAGGCAUUAUCAGCAAGUACAGCUUGGUUUCGGGUCUGCCUCUUUCGCAUUGUGCUGAGAAUGGCAGACUGUAUCUGUGCAACUUGGCCCUGCCCAGCAAAGUUUUUUGCGAUGUGGGUAUCACCUACAGGUCACCUUUCGGACCUAAGUUCGUCAUACCUUUACACCUCAACAGUUCCUAGCAAUUUCGCAAAGGCUCCUGAGUUUGUGAUCGAUCGACUGACGACGAAGAAUAUGAUUAAGAUGAUGAAGAUGCCGCAAUGGUUCGAUGUACUUUGACAAAGCUUGCGUUUAGUGUAAGCGCGUCGCAUAUUACAUAUACUGAUGAUAAGGAACACGCCUUUGUAUACUGUUGGGGCGAUGAUGAUCCUAGCUUCGUCUGAAUGAUAAUACUUAACAAUCGCAUGUGUAUUAUCCUCUGAAACAAGACUCACACUACACAAUCACCUCUGCGCAUGGCGGCAAGAAGAAUUAAGCGAUUGCUCAUAGCUCAUAUGUCUGUAGGUGUAGUGUUUGUAUACCCUGACUGAAAUGUCACUUGAAAGACAGUUGGAAAUUCGAUGUAAAUUUGCGACGAUUUCUAAUCAUAAAAGCUUAAACUAAUUAAAUCUCACUAUGUACUAAAAUAUCAUUAACAACCUUGGGGUUUCAAUUGUUUCGCGUAGAGACUUUCAACCAGGGUUCAUCGUCUUAUGAAUGUAUGAAAGAUUGAUAUGAGGAUAUAAAGGUGUUACUAACAAGGAAAAUAAAAAUGAGGCAACACUAGGACGAUUGAGAGUGUACAGAAGCUAUAAUUGUAUUCUAAAUUUGAGCAAGCAACGCUUGCAUUAUUUUUUACUAUUUUUAAAAGAUAGGACUUGGUUCACCAUAGUAAUUGUGAUUUCCAAGAGUCAAGCUAAUUUGCGUCAAGAAAUCUGCGUCAAGAAAUCUAUUACGAUUCUUGGCCAGAAACACCAAUUUCUUUGAGGUAUAAAUGAUAAAUAUUUUUACUUGUGUUUUUUGAAGGAGAAGUGAACGUCAAUUUUAAUCGUCGCACUAUUAAUAAUUUAUUCACAUUUUAUACAUAAUAGUGAAAAAUAUGCUGACAUCCGAGAACUGAUUUGUGUAAGCUUACUUAUUAAUUUCUUAUUAAACUAUGAUAUAUUAAACUCCCUAAAAAAA